GUGGAGAACUCUCACCGGAUGUUGAGGCGGCCAUCAAAGCCUCCUGGGAGCCCAUAGUGGGCAACGACUUUCUCGUUGUGGUGGCCCAGCUAGCCAAGUUCAAAGAAGCGGGUGGUCUGGGCAUCAGCUUGGAAGGCACGGUAGAUGUGGAGAACGGGGUCGAGGUUCGACCACAUCACUACAUUAGGUCAAUACUUCCAGAUGGUCCUGUAGGCUUGAACGGCAGGUUGAAGAGCUCAGAUGAGCUUCUAGAGGUCAACGGCAAGUUACUGCUGGGGCUGAACCACGUCAGUGUUGUGGACAUUCUAAAGGACCUGCCUCAGAACGUCCGUCUGGUGUGUGCCCGCAGGAAAGUGCCCCUACCCGAUUCUUUCACUCAACCAGAUAUGCAAAUCCCAGCCACUUCGCCUUAUCUCGCUGGGAUCGACCUCCGGACAUGUUCUAUAGAGAAACUCAUCAAA